AUUGGUCCAGCGACGUCCCGGUUAGGGGAGGGUUUGACUGUGGUAGGCCGUCAUUGUAAAUAAUACUUUGUUAUCAUCCCGCACAGUAGGUGGCAGGAUGUAUAUUACAUUGUGCGAUCGACAAUAUACCACAGAAAAAUAAAAAGAAGAAGAAAAAAAGAAGAAGAAGAUGAAGAGGAUGAAGAAAACAAAGAUGGCAAUUCAGGAAACUGUUAGCGGACGUUAGAGAAAUUAUCACCUGGAACUCGAUGAGUUGAGCGGCACAAAAACCUUUAUUUUGAUAAACGUCCCCUUCGAUUUAUUAACACCUGAUUUAAAUAACCAGAAACGAAACAAAAUGCCUUCUCCUAAAACCAAAAACAGUGCAAAUCGCAGCGCAGGUGGAAGCGCAGGUCUCAGUGGCAGCACCAACGGCAACGGACGCUACGAGUUCAUGUCGCUGAACCGAACCCCUCCACCCACUCUCCUCCAACGGCAGGGUUCCGACCCAACCGCUGCAGCCAGACUGCGGGCAUCUGAGAGCCCUACCCGGCGAAGGGGCUCCGGGUCCUCCACCUCCUCCAACACAGGCAUGCCCGAAGAGGAUUGUAUGCGGCUCAACCCUUCAUUUAUCGGGAUAGCCCUCAGCUCCCUCCUCGCCAUAGACCUGUGGCUUUCCAAGCGGCUGGGGGUGUGUGCCUGUGAAGAUUCCUCCUGGGGCAGCAUUAGACCAUUGAUGAAACUGAUAGAGAUUUCUGGACAUGGAAUACCAUGGCUGGUCGGGACAGCCUACGGCCUGUACAAGGCUGACAGUGCAGCAGGACAGGAGGUUAUGCUAAACCUCUUCAUGGCUCUCAUUAUAGACCUGAUCCUGGUUGGCAUCGUGAAAGCUGUCGUCCGUCGGCGCCGCCCGUCCCACAACCGCAUGGACAUGUUCGCCACCUUCUCCGUGGACCGCUUCUCCUUCCCCUCGGGGCACGCCACCCGCGCAGCCAUGUGUGCCCGUUUCCUGCUGGCCCACCUGGUCCUGGCCGCACCCCUCAGGGUGCUGGUGUUCUUGUGGUCUGGUCUGGUGGGGCUGAGCCGGGUGCUGCUGGGCAGACACAACGUGACCGACGUGCUGUUUGGCUUCCUAAUGGGCUACUGGCAGUACAACCUGGUGGAAAUGCUCUGGGUGUCAUCACUGGGCCUUCAGGGGCUGCUGGGACUCAUCCAGGGGUGAGGAUGAGGAGGAGGAGUGGAGAUUGAGGAGGGUUAAAGAGGGUGUGGUUGGUGGGAGACCCUGUCUCAAUAUGUUUGAAACAUUGACUGAUCCUGCCCUAUACUGACACUGUGGUAACUCAUCAUAUCAAGACUAACAACGGCAACAACAAUGGCUGCCACCCACUAAUCAUCCAUCCACAUGGAACUGCAUCCAGAAGCACCUACAGUAGGAGCAGGAUGCUCCUCUACACUGCAUCACAGCACUGCUGCAAAGACCUGGAACACUUUCCACUCUACUGUAAUUCGCUGUUGAAAAAAGAAAAAGAAAAGUGUGUGUGGAAUAUUAAUGUGGUGUAAUAAGCUGGGGGGGUAGUGUUACCCCCAAUACAGUCUUCUGUUCUUCUUCCAGCUUUGGAGGUUUGGGGCUCUGCAGUGAUAUGAGAGAGAGAGAGAGAGACGUGUUCUUUUAGAGGGGAAAAUGACAGCAAUAGAUUAAAACUUAAAUUGAUUAUGGUGUCUGCGGGUCGCUCUGAAAAGAGCAUAUUUUAUGGAGGAUUCAUUUUGUAUUGACUUAUUUUAAAAUGUUACGGUAUAUAAGGCUGACAAUGGAAUGGUAUGUCUUUUUUAUUUCCCACUGUGAAAUAUACACUGAACAAAAAUAUAAACUCAACAAUUUCAGUGAUUUUACUGAGUUACAGUUCAUAUAAGGAAGUUAGUCAAUUGAAAUAAAGUCAUUAGGCCCUGAUCUAUGGAUUUCACAUGACUAGGCAAGGGCGCAGCCAUGGGUGGGCCUGGGAGGGCCUAGGUGGGCCUGGGAGGGCCUGGGUGGGCAUAUGCCAGGGUUCCUUAACUGGUGGCAGGCGGAGACAUUUUAUCCGCGGGUGGUUUUAUUUGUCCCCCUAAGUUUUCUGAGCAAAACAUUUUUGAAUUUGCAUUGUUGGAUAUAAAAGACUGUAAAAUAAAAAGGAAAUCAGCCCCAAGUGAUUUUAAUUGAAUAAAUUUGUUCCCAAGUAUUCCCACACAUAAUAGAGAUGUGAUGUUAUACAAAUGUAAGCAAGGUUUGAAACAAUUAUGUUUUCGUCAAACAUAUCUGUUUAGUCAAUUUGCAGUCUACAAAUGAUUUGUAAUUGUGUUCCGGCCCGCCGACCAUUCGCUUCAGGAAAAAAAACGACCCCCGGCUAAAUCUAGUUGAUGAACCCUGGCAUAGGCUCACACACAAGGGAGCCAGGCCUAGCCAAUCAGAAUAUGUUUUUCCCCACGAAAGUGCUUUAUCAUGGACAGAAAUACUCCUCAGUUUCAUCAGCUGUUCUCCGAUUCCACAGGUGAAGAAGCUGAAUGUGGAGGUCCUGGGCAGGCCACAUGGUCUGCGGUUGUGAAGCCGGUUGGACGUACUGCCAAAUUCUCUCAAAUGAUGUUGGAGGUGGCUUAUGGUAGAGAAAUGAACAUUUAAUUAUCUGGCAACAGCUCUGGUGGACAUUCCUGCAAUCAUCAUGCCAAUUGCAUGCUCCAUCUUGAGAUAUCUGGCAAUGUGUUGUGUGACACAACUGUACAUUUUAGUGGCCAUUUAUUGUCCCCAGCACAAGGUGCACCUGUGUAAUGAUCAUUCUGUUUAAUCAGCUUCUUGAUAUGCCACACCUGACAGGUGGAUGGAUUAUCUUGGCAAAGGAGAAAUCCCCACUAAUUGGGAUGUAAACUUUUGUGCACAAAAUUUGAGAGAAAUAAGCUUUGUGUGUAUGGAACAUUUCUGGGAUGUUUUAUUUCAGCUUGUGAAACAUGGGACCAACACUUUACAUGUUGCAUUUAUAUUUUUGUUCAGUAUACAUACCCUGAAUGGGUUUUUGCAGGUCUUGAGAAGUAAUUCCAGUUUUCUACAGAUUGCUGCAUGCUCAAUAAUAAUUACCUGGUGAGGAUGGUUUAACCAGAGACAGCAGGCAUGGUUUAACCAGAGACAGCAGGCGUGGUUUUCACUCCAGAUUAGGUUCCCCAACAACUUAACAGCAACGCUGACAUCAAACCUGCAGUUGAUUAUUUCAUGACCUUUUAAUGUGUUAAACCUCUGGCUAGGCUGACCAGACCACGUCAUCUCUCCGUAUCCAUGACUACUGAUACAUAGUGAUCCUCUUCAUAUCAGCAUGGAGAGUUGAAGCUUUAUGGUGACUGAUUAGUUGUGCAACAGCCAGGGUUGCAACAGGUUGAACAGGUUGGAGGGAAGACAGGAGAGCGGGCAGGUUUUAUAGUUCUUGCCCAGAGAUUGAAGUAGAAUAGACUUUUUUACCUUUCAGGAAGAGAACACACAGUGAAUGUCAAAGACGGUUUGCUGUUUUCUUCUGUACUGUUUUGUUUACAGGUGUAACUGACACACACAGACAUUUUACUGAGUGAGGCCAGCUGUAGUAAUGGUGUAAUCAUGCUGUUUGCCCUGAACAAAAGUUGGGUGUGGGGGUGGAUCUUGUGGCGAAGUACUUUGCACCCUGUCCUUAACUGCCCUACUGCUAAACUGCUCUGACUUCUGGUGCACCUGCACCAUGGCCUCCACUCUCUAUGAAUGUACAUUCUCUGGUGCAAUGUGCAGGUGAGCCAGUUCUCAGCUGUCAUGGGUGUUUACAAAGUGUUUCUGUGUGUUUACACAGACAGCAGCAAUUUUAUGCCAUAGCAGGUAUUGACGUUUGGCUGUUGUUGAUGGCACAUUGUAAAUAUCCCGCACAGACACUAAUCAACAGUCUAUUGUUGACUCGGAUUAAUAAUAAAUAGUCCUUCUCUCUCUCUCUCUCUCUCCUGUCCUCCUCUCAUCUCCUCUCAGAUGAGUGGAUUAUGCUGUAGCUGAGAGAAACCGGGAAGAGGUGUGUGUUGAGACCAACCACUCAAACACCUCCGCUCUGAUUAAAUAUGGAGGAGCAGCUUAUUAGCCAUGUCUCUCUCUUUCAUCCUCACUCUAUUUAAUAUUUUUCUCGCUGUCUCUCUUUUCUCAUUCUCUCUUUACUGUCUUUUCCUCUCUCUCUCUGUGCUCACAGAAGAGUCAGACUCAAUUACCUCCUCUCCGUUCUUCAGUUGCGAUUCACUGUUGAUCUUUCAUUUUGGUGAACCACUACCUCCUCCCUCUACUCCCCCGCCCCUCUCUUCCCUGGGACUCUACCUCCCCUCGCUCAUCUAGUCUUCUGUAGCAUCCAGGCUCAAGUAUGACUCCACACCAAACAUGCAUUUGUUGAAGUCUUUAGCUGAGGAGGAUUUGGUCAUAUGUUGCCAUGCAGUGAGUGUAGCUACACAUGAUCAGCUGAUCUUGAUUAGUCUUCACGUACUGUUCUGAGGGAUGGUCUACAUCAGUAGCAGCUCUAUUUCUCUGACUGUUGUAAAUAAUCCAUUGAGUAACUCUCUCUGAUCUAUUUCAUACAUACUGUAUUUCUUCUGCAAUAAUCCAGUAGUAGAGACUAGAGCUAACCAGUCAGUGGUUCUUGAAUUGGUACGAUUUGACCAAUGGCAUGGCUUCACCCAGAAACUGCUUCCUGUACCCAGCCAAAAGCAAUCAUGGUUCUCAUUGCAAUAAGGAAGAACGCAUUGUUGUUCUUCUGUUAUCUAUCUACUCACCAGGGAAUGUCUGAAAAUGUUAUGCCCAAUCAAAGCAAUAUGGCUGACAUUCCAACCUAUCAGAGGGAAAGUUUAGACUUUUCAGAUCUACAGUAUAGGCUAAAUGUGUGUCCCAAAUGCCACCAUAUUCCCUACAUAAUGCUCUACUUUUGAUCAGAGCCCUAUGGGCCCAGGGGUUGGAGCUAGGAGUCCGUUUGGAACUGUGCCCACUAGUCUGGGCAUCUCCACCUCUGUACAUUCAAAGACAAAGUCUGCAGACUCAAACGCUACUUCACAAGAUCUCACCAGCUUGAUACACUGAAUUAUAACUUUAAUCUGUUGUGUUAUUGUGUAAUCUUUCACCUGUAAUGUCAAAUUAAUGAAGUGGAAUGUCAAUGUAUGUACAUUUUGUGUUCAUCUAACGCUUUAUAUUAUAAUGGGUUGACUGUA